GCGGCCUCCCGUACACGCAGCGCCGUGGCGGCUCGGGCCCGGCUCCCGGAAGCGCGCGGUCCCCGGCCGCCAUCUUCCCCGCUGGAGCCGGCGGCGGCUCCCCCCCGCCGCCUCGGCCGCGAUCGGGAUGUGGAGCCGGAGGAGCUGCCGGUACCGGCCUGAUGCCAGCGGCCUGGAGGAGCUGCGGGCCCGCCGACGGGAGCAGGAGUCAGCUCUGAGGAAGGCCCGGAGGCAGCAGCAGUUGGUCAGUAAGAGACUUCUGCGAGAAGACAGCCUGGAGAAUGGAGAUAGGCAGGCUGGAGUGGAGAUAGCAUCAGAACCUCUCUCAGAGCAGGAGAUUUUGCAGCUGCUGAGGGAUGUCCAGAGGGGAACAGAGGAGAGGAAGAAAUUGUUGAGUCACCUUCGAAAGGGACUGCAGCACAAAGAGACGCAGCAGAAAUUUGUGAGGUUGGAGGGCAGCAUGCGGAUCCUAAUUGGGCUCUUCACCAGCAGCUUGGCCAAUGUACAGAUGGAGGCAGCUCGCUGUCUGCACGAACUCUCACACUCCAGUGACCCUGCUGUGGCUGAGGCGUGUUUGCCAUCAACCUCCUAUCUCCUGACCUAUCUCUCAGGACACAGUGUAGAAUUCACAGAACUGUGUUUGUACACACUGGGGAACUUGGCAGUGGAGAGUGACGCAGUGAGGAAGCAGCUUUUACCUCAAGGCAUUAUUCCAGCCUUGGCAUCCUGUAUCCAGUCCCCUCACGUGGCAGUGCUGGAAGGCCUGGGCUACGUCCUGUCGCAGCUCCUGCAAGCCAGGGAAGCUCCCACCAAGAUCAUGCCCUUGGUUCUGGACUCAGUUCUCCCCCAGCACAUGCUUCGAUUGGUUAGCUCCAACCUGGAGCUGGGAAUGGGAGUCGCUGUGGAGUUUGCUUGGUGUCUUCAUUACAUUGUGUGUAGCCAUGUGAACAACACGCUGUUAAUCUCCCAGGGGAUCGUGUCAACCCUGGUGCUGCUCUUGCUGGAACUGGCUUCCAUGAUGUCAAAAGCAGCUACCGAGGGCCUGGAGUUGCUUAUCUGUCCCGUGCUGCGAUGUCUCAGCAACCUGCUUGCGGAGGAUGAGACAGAGGGCUGCAAAGUGCAGAUCCAGGAUGAGCGACUCUUGGUGGCUUUGUUUCUCUUCAUGCAGUACUUCCUCCAGCAGCACCCAUUCCUAGUGCAGGAGUGUCUCUGGCUUCUCAACAACCUCACAGCUGAUGAGCCCAUCUUCUGCUCUGCCGUGCUCACACUGGACCUGCUCCCAGCCCUCCUGCAGCUCUUGUCCUGUUCCCGGAUGGUGACCCUGCUGGCUCUGACAGUGCUGUGUAACAUCGCUGAGAAGGGCCCUGCCUACUGCCACCAGCUACAUCAGAAGGCUGUGCUGCCCUCACUGCUCAGCACCCUUGCUCUUUCCGAUGCCCAGGUGGUGGGCCAGAGUCUAGAGCUGCUACAUCUCCUCUUCCUGCACCUGCCAGAGGCUGCUGACGACUUUCUCAGCCAAGCAGGACUGCAGGCCCUAGAACAGCACCAGGACAACCCCCAACUCCAGGAGCGAGUGAGGGCACUCAGCGAGACAUACCUCCAGCCAGCUGCAGCUUCUCUGAUCUCCUGUGCCGGUGCUUCAGCUGCUGUACUGCCCUCCUCCUAGACCACGCUGCAUCCACUCCUGCUUCCCUUCCCAUUUGCACUAAUUCUAUCCCAUGGACUUUGUACAGUGAGAAGUUAUUUUGGAAUUUAAUAAACUGUUUUACAUUGUG